UUAAAACCAAACAAAAGAUGAUUUUGCUGUAAAGGAAAAUGAUUCCAUGUUUUAGUGAAACAAUUCAGGGUCACAUCUUUAAAGUUUUGUAGUCCUAUAUUUUUUAUACCCCGUCCCGCCCACAACUCUACUCAAAGGUGGGUUUAGUGUCAAAAAAAACUUCAAGCAACAACAAAAAUCAACAAUUUUUAUAAAAGUCUUUUUGUCUUCAUCUACAGGAACAGAUUUUCUGCAGUUGACAAAUGUUUGUGUUUUAUCUGUGAAUGACUGACAGUCCGUCACAGAAAAAUCAAUGUUGGAUGGUUGAACCCUCUGUGACCUCUGAACCCUCACAAUUCUGUAUGUCCAGACUCUAUCUUUACAAGGUUUUCAUGUUCUUUAAAUCAACAAAAAUAUGUUUUACAAAUGAAUUCCGGAACAGCAAAAAUGAUUUCAAAGGAUGAACAGAGAGCAGGACAGGCUGACAUAAAAAAAUGUAACAUUUUGAGAGAAUAAAGAGGUCAAUCUGGGUCUGCAGAGACCACGCCAUGAUCUGGUGAUCUCUGCAGGGUGAUCCAUCCAUUCAUCAGUGAAUAGAUGGAUGAACGGAUACAUGGAUGGAUGGAGCUGCAGAGACUUUAAACCACCAGGGGGCAGUGCAGCACCGCUUCGUCUCCACAUCCAAUCCGGCAGUUUCUCCGUUUGAAGCAGAAAGUCAUCUUCAGCAGUUGGAACGACUUUAUUCAAAAGCCUCUGAUGAAAUACAGUGAUAAUCAUGGCGUCACUGGGACGGGUGUGCAAUACAAUCUGUGAGUUUCAAACAUAGCAAACGUGAAGGUUUUUCUCAUUUUCUUUUGCGCUGCUUCAAACAGAAAGUUAAACGCUUUAAUUAUAAAUGCUUUGAUUUGACAGGCAGUGAUUUCAGAUUCAUGGCUUCAUACCUGGAAAACCUUUGGACCUAAAUCUGUCAAAUUCACAUUUACCUCAUUGUGACUUUACAAAACUCAUCUGAUCCAUUAAAGUAAAUCGAUCCUGUUACUUUGAUAAAAAACAAAAAGUUAUUUUAAGACGUAAUUUUGACCAACAAUGAUCCUGAUGGAACAAAGUCUUUUGUUCUGUCUCUGAGGCCAAAGUCUGCUGGGAUCAUUCGGUUCUGUAUUUGGACACAGUACCUGCGGAUCUGCUCUGAGUGCUAAACAUGCUGGUUCCCCAAAGCUCUGACGUCAGUUAGGCAACAUCUCUGUACUGAAAACAUAAAACUGGCAAAAACUAUCUGUGCUAAAGACGAAGAAAAUAUUAAAUAGACUUUUGCAAAUCUAAAUCCUCUUUGCGCUUACAAUCCCGUCAGGUCACGUGUCACACUGCAACUUGCUGCAUGGGGGUGGUGAACAUUCAGGCCCAGAUCAUUUGGGGGAAACCAAACCAGGACUUUAUCAAUGAAGUAGAGUUAACGGCUCCCGAAAAAACAUGAUUAAACAAUCAGCAAAGUCCCUGAAGUCUAAAAAGUCCUGAUUGAGUUACAUAAUGUUUGUGUAAACCUGACAUCUUUGCAUGCGUGGACAUUCAAAGUUAUUCCAUCGUGCUAUUAAAUGUGUUCCCGCCACUCCGGACUGUCCUCGGUGAUGAAGACCAAAGCUGGAUGUGGUCCCCACAAAACCAGAUAAACAAACACACACAUCCACACACCAGCACUCAGAUCAAAUCUCUCCACCAACCAAGAGCUUCAGUCUGUCUGAAGCCCCGCCCCCACGGAGUAUAUAAGGAGCAGGACCAACAGACUGUUGAUCUACAGCAGCAAAACAAGAAGUAAGUCCUGAUGGUGGUGGAGGAGAAAAGCCGUGUGGAGGCGAUGGAGGGAAACCAGCAGAGGAUGGAAGUAAACAUCCUGCUGAUGGGAGCACAUAAUGUUGGCAAGACUGCUCUGACCGUCCGUUUCCUCACCAGGAGAUUCAUCGGAGAGUACGGAGACAUGGAGUCAGUUUACAGUCGGAUGGAGAGAAUCCACGGUCAGGAAAUAUGCAUCAACAUCUGGGACUCACAGGUCGGUGAGAAAAGCUGCUGGGUCAGCGAAAAGCAGCUUCAGUGGGCGGAUGGGAUGAUCCUGGUCUAUGACAUUUGCGACCGCGGCAGCUUUGAUGCGGUUCGGCAGCAGCUGCAGCUCGUCCGGCGCAGCAGGAAGCCGGCGUCCUGCCCGGUCGUCAUUGUGGCAAACAAGCGAGACCUGCAGCAUCACCGUAGGGUCUCCGGCGAGGAGGGCCGGUUGCUGGCUCUGACACAGGGCUGCUGCUUCUUCGAAGUGUCGGCCGCAGAGACGUACCACAGCGUCCUGCUGGUAUUCCACCGGCUGGUGGACCUGGUGAGGGAGACUCGAGCGCUCAGGAAGAGCUCAGCCGGCGUCAGGGGCAUCGUCAGGAGCAUGUCUGCAGUGUUCGGGAAGAAACGAGCUGAAUGAGUCUGACAGCCAUUUCACGGAAUCAAAGAACAUUAGACCAACUGCUGAGACUUUCUGAGAUAAUCUGAGGACGAGAAGAACUAAAGAAAGUUGAAGAAGGUGUUUUUUUGUGGUUUAAAUGUUUGGAAAGUUGGUAAAAGCUGCACAAAUGUGUGUCGUUGCUUCAGGGACAAUGACUGAAAAACAGAGGAAGAAAUGAUUGAUGGAGUUCAGGACAACUUCACAGGUGGAACCAGCAGGUCUGAAUCCACAGCUUAAACCAGAGGAAAGGAUGAACAGAAACCCGACUGACUGUUUUCUAGUUUGUAACAAUAAUCUGUUGUUUUCAUUUCUAUGAAUUGUUGACUGUUUUCUUGGUGUGUUUUUAUCUCAUUUUUUUGCUGAUUGAGAUUUGGAAUGUAUUAGUUCCUUUCUCAAAAGAUUUAGUUCAGUCGUGACAAAACUUGUUAAAGUUAACAUUUUAACUUUAAGAACAUUAACACUUAGCUAUGAAGAAGCCAUGUGCUCUGGGAUAAACCUGCUGUUUCACCAUAAAUGUGACGUGUCAUAUAUGUUUGUGUGUGGUUCAUGUUGUACAUGUGUAUGUCAGAUAAAUGCAGAAACGAAACGUUAUUAUAAAAAUAAAUAAGAACAAUGACAGUAAC